AUUCCCCUUUCUUCCUCCUCCUUGCAAGCUAAGCUCAGCAUUGGCCAGAGAAAAGUAACAGUCCAGAAAGGACCGCUGUUUAGGGCUGAAGGCUACCCUGUCAGCAUUGGCUGCAAUGUAACUGGCUACGAGGGACCUUCUGAGCAGCACUUCCAGUGGUCUGUUUACCUGCCGACAGCCCCAACUCGAGAAAUCCAGAUCAUAAGCACCGCGGAUGCCACCUUCACUUACGCGGUGUAUGCGCAGCGAGUACGAAGCAGGGGGAUCUACGUGGAGAGGGUCCGGGGCAACUCAGUCUUGUUGCACAUCUCAAAGGUCCAGCUGAAGGAUUCUGGAGAGUAUGAGUGUUACACACCGAACACGGAUAAAAAAUACUACGGCAAUUACAGUGCGAAGACUAGACUCAUUGUUAUUCCAGAUACCCUCUCUGCCACUAUGAGUUCCCAGACUCUCAGUAAGAAGGAAGGCGAAUCAUUAGAACUUACGUGCGAAGCAUCCAAAGCGACAACUCAGCAUACCCACCUGUCUGUCACCUGGCACCUGAUCCAGGAUGGAGAAAGAAGCCAAGCUAUCGAGAUUAUUUCCCUCUCCAAGGAUUUCAUGUUGAUCCCUGGGCCCUCAUUUACCGAGAGGUUUGCCGCUGGUGAUGUGCAUCUCAACAAGCUUGGGGUCACUACCUUCAGGCUGGCCGUAGGGAGGCUCCAGCCCUCCGAUCAAGGCCAGCUGUUCUGUGAGGCAACCGAAUGGAUUCAAGAUCCAGAUGAAACCUGGACUUUAAUCACGAAAAAGCAGACGGAUCAAACAACUCUGAGGAUCCAACCAACAGUGAGAGAUUUUCAAGUCAACGUUACCACCCAGAGCACGUUUACAGCAGGGAAACCCUUAGAACUGGUUUGCCUGGUAGUAGGCAGCGGCCAGGACCCACAGCUUCAGGGCAUCUGGCUCUUCAAUGGUAACGAGGUGGCCCGCAUCAAUGCUGGUGGUGUUCUGGACCUCAAGAGAGACUACAGAGAGAGAGCAAGUCAAGGACAGCUCCAGGUUUCAAAGUUAAACCCCAAGGUUUUCUCUCUCAAGAUCUUUUCUAUGGGCCCCGAGGAUGAAGGGGCCUACACAUGUGCCGUGGAAGAGGUGGUAAGAAAUCAGAUGGACUCCUGGGAUGUGCUUCAGAGAAAGCAGUCACCGGACAGCCGCGUGCAUCUGAGGAUGCCGGCAGCAAGAAAUGUGGCCUUAUCUACCAAGAGCAAGCAGCAAGCAGUGUGGGAAGGAGAGGUAUUAACCCUUCUCUGCAGGGCAGAUGGAACCGAGAGUCCCCUGUCUGUGGAAUGGUGGCGCCUCCCACAGGGCCAGACGCAGCCAGAGUUCGUGGCUGGCAUGGGGCAGGAUGGCACGGUGCAGCUAGGCGCCCCCUACAAGGAACUCAAUAACCACGGCAACACAAGGCUGGAGAAAACGGACUGGGCCACUUUCCAGCUGGAGAUCACCUCCACCACCAUUACGGACGGUGGUAUAUACGAGUGCCGAGUGUCUGAGAGUGCCCAAAACCAGGCCAGAGGUCAGAGCUGGACUCAGAAGUUGUCAGUCACCAUCAGAUCUCUGGAGUCGAGUUUACAGGUUAAGCUGAUGAGCCGUCAACCCCAAGUGACAUUAACCAACACCUUUGGCCUGUCCUGCAUAGUGGAGGCUGACUUCUCCCACCUCAGGGUGCCACUCACUGUGACGUGGCAGUUCCAGCCAGCAAGAUCUCGGGUCUUUUAUCUGCUUGUUCGAAUCGCCUGGAACGGCACUAUUGAGUGGGGGGAUUUCCUAUCUCAGUUCCAAAAGAAGACAAAGCUUUUGCAGUCCUCAUUUUACUCUCAACUCCUAAUCCACGAUGCCACGGAGGAAGAAGCAGGAGUUUAUCGGUGUCAAGUAGAAGUUUACGCCAGAAAUUCCCCAGACACGAGCGGCCCCCCGAGGGCUUCCGCCGUCUCUCACUCGCUGAUGAUAGCCAUCACUUUGCCAGAGAGCAAGCUAAGAGUGAACUCAACCAGUCAAGUCCAAGAGAUCUUCAUCAACUCCAACACCAACAUAGAAUGUAGCAUCUUGUCCCAGUCCACUGGGGACCUCCAGUUAGCCGUUAUUUGGUACUUCUCUCCCAUUUCCAUGAAUGCAACCUGGCUGAGGAUCCUGGAAAUGGACCAAACCAAUGUUGUAAAAUAUGGGGAUGAAUUUCACUCCCUACUGAGACAACAAAAAUUCCACCCCAAGAAAGUUUCCCAGGACUUGUUUCAGCUACAGAUUCUGAAUGUGGAAGACAGCGAUCAGGGCAGAUACCACUGUGCUGUGGAAGAAUGGUUCUUGUCCAGAAACGGCACUUGGCACAAGCUUGGAGAAAAGAAGUCAGGUCUGACAGAAUUGAAACUCAGGCCCACAGGAAGCAAGGUACGUGUCUCCAAAGUGUACUGGACAGAAAAUGCUACCGAGCACACAGAGGUGGCCAUCCACUGCAGCCUGGAGAGUUCUGGCAGCUCGGCUUCUCUGUACUCUGUGAUGUGGUUGCGCAACAGGGAGCAUUCAGGAAGGAAAAUGCUGGUACACCUUCGGCAUGAUGGCUUGCUGGAGUAUGGUGACGAGGGGCUCGGGGGGCAUCUGUACUGUUACCGCUCAUCCCCUACAGACUUUGUCCUGAAGCUUCGUCGGGUCAGAAUGGAGGAUGCUGGUUUGUACUGGUGCAAGGUGACAGAGUGGGAGCCGCAUGGUAACCCUGGCACGUGGGUCAACCGAGCAUCAGAUGAGUCCCAGCAUGUGGUGCUCACGGUGCUGCCUUCAGAGCCCACAUUUCCCUCCAGGAUCUGCUCAUCAACACCUUUACUCUAUUUCCUAUUCACCUGCCCCUGCAUUCUGUUUAUCCUUCUGCUCAUUUCCCUCGUCUGCUUGUACCACAAAGCCAGGAGGUUGUCGGCACUGAAGCUAAACACGCUGAAAGAAAAGACUCUCUGGGUGGAUUUGAAACGGGCUGGAGACUGGGUAACCACCUGGAGGGAAGAGGAAGACCAUUGAAUCCCGAGAGCCCUCUGCAGCCCUAUGGAAAGCGUGGGCUCUGGAAUUGGACUGAGUAUUGGUGUGAAUGAAUCCUGAUUGUGUCCUUCUUGGUGUGUGUGGCCUUGGGCAAGUUACCUAGGAAUCAGAGGGAAUGUGUAUGUGGUUUCUUUGUGUGUUAAGUCAUCUACCCCUUGCCUUCUCCCAGGAGUUAGAAGAUUUACCCUGUGUUUCAUUUGCCGCACCUCACAGAGGUUCAGGGUCCCCUUCUGUAAGGAGAGAACUUCCCUCACACAGCCUCUUGGGUAUUAGUUGCGAUCCUAUGGCGAAGCCCGGGGUGAGGCUGCCCUCUGCUUUCUCCUCCCUUAUGUCACUGAUUCCCAGGAAGGCAUUCCGAGUGGUCCAGUCACACUGGCUCUAGGUAAUCUUUUGCCCCCAAAUAAGAGGUGUGGGAAGGGGCCUGAUGUCAGCAAGGCAAAAAGGAAUUGGGAAUAUGCCCUUCAUUCACAUCAGAUCUACUUCCCAAUGUGGAUGUGACUUCCUUCAAUGCAGAAACCCUGUCUUGCCCCCAUCCCAUCUAUAAAUGCUACUCAAGGACAAUCUCUGUGUAGACGGUACCUAAUUAAUAUUGAUGGGUUCUUUGAAGAAAUUAUAAAGCAUUUUGUAGUCUGA